GCUUACAAUCAGCUCAUGGAAGCUCCACCGCCUUCAAUCAGUUCCCGCCGCCUCUCCUCGGACCAAGAAAAUUCAAUCAUGGUCAACGCAUUAAUCCACGUCAUCUCCGGCAACCCCGACGCCGCAGCACCACCAAUCUCCAUCCCCGUCGGCGGCGAUCUCCCUCUUUGUCAAUUAUGUGGAAGAGGGAUUGAAGGUUGUCUCGGCUGUCAUUUUUUCGAAUCAUCGGCCACCAUCACGGCAGAGGUCGCCGGAACUGUAGUACGAAAACGGAGGCGGGAGAAGAAGAAUCUGUAUCGCGGUGUGCGACAGAGGCCAUGGGGGAAAUGGGCGGCUGAGAUUCGCGAUCCGCGGCGAGCUGUUCGCAAGUGGUUGGGAACAUUCGAGACGGCCGAGGAGGCUGCGAGGGCAUACGAUAAUGCGGCAAUCGAGUUCCGCGGAGCACGGGCUAAGCUCAAUUUUCCCUUUCCUGAUCAAAUUUUGAUGGGGCGACGAAACGAGGUAGGGAUGGACUCGACGCCGGCGACGGGGGUGGCGCGGGGGAGUGGAGAGGAUAUGGGCGGGUUUUGGGAUGGUUUGUCGGAGCUGGUUAAGCUUGAUGACGUAGAGCAGAACGGCAAUUGGAUGAUGAUUGGACACUUUUGAUUUUCUAUUUUUUUUAAUUUAAUAAUUCUUUUAUUUUUUUUU